AUCUGGACUGGUUCUAAUUAAAAGGUUUGAAAAUAUAAAACAGCUGAAACUAAAAGCUGGAUAAAGUAGGUUAAUCUUAGUUUAUUAAACAUGAAGUAUUUAAAUAGUUUAAUUUGACCCUGACAUCUUUUUAUACUGUUAAAAGUAAAUAAAAGUAGUUUUAAUCCAAACUAAAAACUUUAAGCUUCUUUAACCCUCUGAGAUGAGCGCUCUGAUUGACACGCCUCUCAGCCAAUCGCUGAGCAGGAAGCAGACACGUCUGGGCCAAUCAGCCUCCGUGGCUCUGGCCCCGCCCCGCACGGUCUCCGGUGCUUUAGCUAGCAACCGGCGGGACUYGUUUCAGCACCUGGGAGCUGUCCACAGCUGACGGUGUCUCMACAGGUGAGGAUGGCCAAGGUGAAGCAGGUGGGGCUCCUGGCAGCCGGCUGUCAGCCCUGGAACAAAGACGUGUGUGCAGCGAGUGGAGACCGCUUCGCCUACUGCGCUACACUGGCUAUCUACAUCUACCAGCUGGACCAGCAGUAUAAUGAGUUCAAGCUGAGUUCCAUCAUGUCCGAACACAAGAAGACCAUCACGGCCAUCAGCUGGUGUCCGGACCACCCGGACCWGUUUAUCUCAGCUUCAGCUGAUAACCUGCUGAUCAUCUGGAACGUGGCGGAGAAGAAAGCCGUCGCCCGAUUGGACAACACUAAAGGUGUCCCCGUCUCCGUCAGCUGGUGUUGGAACUCUGCGGACGGCGUGGCCUUCGUGUCCCAGCGCGGCCCRCUCUACAUCUGGGCGUACGGCGGUCCGGAGCCGGGGGUGACGGUGCACAAAGAGGCCCACUCCUUCCUGUCGGACAUCUGUCUCUUCAGGUGGCACCCCAGCAAGAAGGGCAAGCUGGUGUUUGGACACACAGACGGCAGUCUGUCCGUCUUCCAGCUCGGAAGUAAAAGUCAGAAACACGUUCUGCGUCCCGAGUCUUUAGAAGGAACAGACGAGGAGGACCCCGUCAGCGCUCUGGAGUGGGAUCCUUUAUCUACAGAUUAUUUACUGGUCUCUAACCUCCAUAACGGUGUCCGGCUGGUAGACAGCGAGGCGUUGGCGUGCAUCACGUCCUUCUGCUUCCCCUCAGCUGCUGCGUCCGUUCAGUGUUUGGCCUGGGUCCACUCGGCACCGGGAAUGUUCAUCACCGGAGACUCGCAGGUUGGUGUGUUGAGAGUUUGGAACGUGUCCCGCCCCACUCCACUGGACAGCUUCAAGCUGAAGAAGACCGGGUUCCACGCUCUGCACGUCCUCAACGCUCCUCUCAACAAGAAAGCUCAGACCUCCUGUUCCCCCAGUAAGAGUCUGCACACCAGCUCCACCAGCGAGGCGGUUCCUCCUCCCACCCUGUCCCAGAACCGGUCCUUCUCUCUGCCACCGGGCCACGYCGUCUGCUGCUUCAUGGACGGCGGCGUGGGACUGUAUGACAUGGGGGCCAAGAAGUGGGACUUCCUCCGGGAACUGGGUCAUGUAGAAACUAUUUUUGACUGUAAGUUCAAACCAGAUGAUCCGAACCUGCUGGCUACAGCUAGUUUUGAUGGAACCAUUAAAAUUUGGGACACAAACACGCUAACAGCUGUUUACACGUCCCCCGGGAAUGAAGGCGUGGUCUACUCCCUGUCAUGGGCUCCAGGAGACCUGAACUGCAUCGCAGGAGCCACGUCUCGUAAUGGAGCAUUCAUCUGGGACGUCCGGAAAGGAAAGAUCAUCACUCGAUUUAACGAGCAUGGUAAAAACGGUAUUUUCUGCAUCUCAUGGAGCCACAAAGACUCAAAGAGAAUCGCCACCUGUAGUGGAGACGGGUUCUGCAUCGUCCGAACCAUCGACGGUAAAAUCCUCCACAAAUACAAACAUCCUGCUGCUGUUUUCGGCUGCGACUGGAGUCAGAACAACAAAGACAUGAUCGCCACCGGCUGUGAGGAUAAAAAUGUUCGUGUUUAUUACCUGGCCACCAGCUCCGAUCAGCCUCUGAAGGUCUUCACUGGACAUUUAGCUAAAGUUUUCCAUGUUCGCUGGUCUCCACUCAGAGAGGGGAUCCUGUGUUCAGGGUCUGACGACGG